AUGUCAGCAGAGAAGUACUACUCCGGCAGCAAUAACUACCAGGCCCCAGCUGGUGCACCACCACAGAACUACUCGGCCCCUUCAGGGCCUCCACCGAACUUCAACAACGGCAACAGUAACACAGGCCAGGGCCAGCGUGGAUUCAACGACUAUCCGCAGCAGGCGUACCAGGGCCAGCAGGGCCAGCAUGGCUACUACCAGCAGCAAGGUCCACCACAGUACGGAGGACAACAGGGCUACUACCAGCAGGGCCCUCCACAGCAGCAGGGCUACUAUCAGCAGCAGCAACAGCCUGUGUACGUUCAGCAGCAACCGCAGAGGGAUAACUCGUCUGACUGUUGCAUGGCGUGUCUCGCGGCGAUGUGUAUCUGUUGUACUUUGGACGCUAUCUUCUAA